AGGGUUUAAAAGGAAGCUGCGACAAGAGUGCCCAAACAGUGAAGCCUCUUCUGAAUAAAGAACAGAAGGAAAAAAGGGGCUAAAAGCAAAAAAGCCAAGAAGCAACAACAUCCCUCAAGUGAAUUCCAGGGAGGCUACAAGUCAACCAAAACAGCUAAAAGAACUCCUUUUUCAUCCGCAAGAAUCAAUUACCAUUAGCUUCUUUCUUUGACUGGUGGCAGAAUUUUCGAAGCAGUCUAAAUUUAUGCAGCAGCACCCGUGAAAGAGAGAAAGAAAGAAAGAAAGAAACCAGGGAACUUCUAUCUGCUGAAAGAGAAUCAACUUUUCACCACAUCCACCGAAAGAAUUGCGUUGCCUUUUUCAGAAGCCCAUCCAUCCAUCAUGAGCUCUGAGCAAUUGGUGCACGAUGUGGAGAAAGGGAACAUAGUUGUCAUCCGGGAACCCUCUCCGAAAAACAACCACUGGAAGUGCCUCAGCAUCUGUUCCUUCUUGCUUCUGAUUGGAGCUGUAACCGUCUUUGCCCUCUUGCAGCUGGACGCAUUUGGGUCAUCCGAAAAACAGGACUCUAAACUACGGGGAAAUUCAUUUUCUGAUCAUUUGCCUGGCACAAUGAAAGUGCAAGCCUUGAGGUCUGGUAAACCAGCUGCCCAUGCUGUUGCUUCUUCCCGUGAUUCAUCACAACUGAAGUGGACUGUAGAUGUGAUUCCUUCCCUCUUGGAAAAUGGCAUGCGGCUUGAUGAGAACGAAAACUCCCUCGUUGUGCCUUCUACUGGAUUGUACUUCGUCUACUCUCAGCUCUUGUUCCACAAGGACAACUGCAAGAAGCCUCUUCUGCUCACCCACAACAUCACCUGCUGGUCCUCAGACUUCGGCUCGGAGAUAGAAUUGCUAAAGUCCAUCAAAUCUGUCUGUGAAGAGGUCUCCAGCAAUAAAAAACUGUGGUUUGAAUCGAUUUAUCAAGGAGCCGUCUUCCAGCUGAACAAAGGGGACCGCUUGAUGUCCAAAACAAACUUCCCUGAAUAUCUGGACUACACUCAUUCAACGCAGAUUUAUUUUGGGGUCAUUGCUAUGUAAGAAAAGUCUUUGUGAUGCCUAAUUGCAACUUCGUGUCGUCAUUCAUGUACUUCAUGUAUCUGCAUUGGGUUGUUUUUUUCCCCAUCUUACAAAGUCCACAAAACCUAUUAUAUAGGCAGUCAGUAUUAGCAUCCUUUGUGUGAGUCUUUUUUAAACUGUCUAAACUUUUUUAUUUAUUUAUUAAUAUUUAUUUAUUGAGCUUCUUAUAUAAUCUUGAAACUUCAAGGAUUCCACCCCGUCCCCGAUGUAGGAGAUCCUUCCAAAAGGAUACCUCACUUUUGCAGGCAAUGAAUGCAAACACGUGUAACAAUUGAGUUGUGAUUCCCCAUUACGUGGGUUCGUUUUGAUGAACCUGUAUUUGGGGCACUGUAAAAUGCUUGUGUGGCUAUUUUCAAACAGGAUUUCCCUUCCUUUGUCCCCCAGUCUAGAUUAAGAUUUGAAUUUUUACAUAUCUGUAUAUAUAUAUAUAUAUAUUUAUACUAUGUAUAUUUGAUAUCAUUUGACUGUUGUGUUGAUUUAAUCAUGUAUAUUACAUGAGUUAUCCUGAAGUUUGGGGAGAGGAUAAUACUAGGCUAUGAAUCCUGGUUUUUUUUCCCCCCCAGCUAACAGUACAUUCCUAUCCAAGUUUAUUUGGAAAUACAUUCUAACAUUCUCUCUUGGAUUGUACUGCUUCAGUCUGAUGUCGGAAAGUCUGACAUUUUUGGUAUUUCAUUGGCACUGUGUAGGUUUUUGGCAGAAAUUGCCUUAUGGUACUGUACAGGUUGUCAUGAAAAAAUUUUUUUAAGCAUAAGUAUUACAAAUAUAUAUUUAUUAGAACAUGGCUUAUUUAUUUAUUUAUGUAUUUAUUUAUUUGUCUAUUUAUUGUGACGAAAACUUGUAUUGCUAAGAUAAAAUAUACUUUUGGUUUCACUCUGUAUUUAAAGUUCCCUUUGAAUCGGG